GCACCUAAAAGUUGGAUGCGGUCAGCCAACCCACUCUCAAAGAAGAAGAAUAAGCAACACUGCAUUUCCUAUGUUUUGAGCAACACUGAAGAAGAGCUCCGCAGAGUGCGCAGAGAAGGUCACAGCUGAAUCAACUGUCAGAGGACGUUUAACCAGUGACCACCAACCCCCCAAGACUACGACGACGACAACAACAACAACACAUAAUUGAGACUGGCAAAGAGUGUGUCUGAGUGACAGGACCAAGCUGUCUGCAGAAAAGAUGGAGGACUCUGUGAAGGCGGAGAGUGCCGCCGAUGGAGGAGGCCUGGUGAAUGCAGAGAAAGAGCCAGAAGACACUCUCAGCCCCACAGACCUUUCUGAACUGCUGGCUGCAGGGACCAAAGAGGUUCACGAGAAGGCGGAGAACACCCAGUUUGUCAAGGACUUCCUCAGGGGGCGCAUCCGCAAGGAGCUUUUCAAGCUGGGCGAUGUGGCCCUCUACUACACCUACGAGGCCAUGGAGGAGGAGAUUGAGAGGAACAAGGAUCAUCCUGACUUCUCCCCGCUCUACUUCCCAGAGCUGAAUAGACGUGACGCCCUGUCCCGCGACCUGGACUACUUCUAUGGUGAGGACUGGCGGGAGCGGAUCAGCUGCUCGCCAGCCACGCAACGCUACGUGGAACGCAUCCACCAGGUGGGUCAGGAAGAGCCGGUCUUGCUGGUGGCCCAUGCCUACACCCGUUACAUGGGCGACCUGUCCGGGGGCCAGGUGCUGAAGAAGGUGGCCCAGCGGGCGCUGAAGCUGCCAUCGACGGGCGAGGGCGUCUACUUCUACCAGUUUGACGGCAUCCACAGCGCCAAGGCCUUCAAGCAGCUGUACCGGAGCCGGAUGAAUGAGCUGGAGCUGGACAUGGCCACCAAGGACAGGCUGGUGGCGGAGGCCGUGCUGGCCUUUCAGUUCAACAUGGAGGUAUUUGAUGAGCUAGAGGAGAUGGGUAAGGAUAUCCAGGAGGAGGUCAUGGACGCGGGCAUGCCUGUUCACGGGGCCCAUGGGACCGGAGGAGACAUCAACAAAUGCCCCUACUACGCCGCACAAAUGGCGGCCAGUGGGGGCUCGGCGUACGUCGGUCAGCUGGCCAUGGCCGUCCUCAGACACCCCACAGGCCAGGUCCUAUUCGCCGCUUGGGUCGCCGCCCUCGCCGGAUUGGCUGCGUGGUACUUCAUGUGAUCCAGUCGUUGGCUGUCCUGCAGGAAAGGAGGAGGGAAAAACAGGGAGGGAAUACAAGAAGAAUUGUUUUCUGAACGUUUGGAUGAGAACCCAUCUGUACCCAGACCUUGUAACCUUCCCCCCUCCUCCUCUCUAAUUUUCUCUCUACUACCUCCCUCUCACUCUCCCUCCAUCCUGUAUCCUCCCAGAAUGGUUGGUCAUAUUUGUAGCUCUUAGAAUCAGUUUAGAGCCAUUUUUUUCAAAUUCAAACCUGUUAUAGGAUUUAUUUCUUCUUGAGUUGACAUGAGAUAACAAUUGAUCUUACUUGAUUAGAUUAUAGUGUGAUUUGUUGUCAGGUUGAAGUCUCUUUAAUAAUCCCAAACAAUUGUAUUAUGGAGUGAUGCAGUAGAGUUGGAGGGAAAAAACAGCUACCCUGCUAUGACAAAAAAGCCUUUGUGGAUUUUGACACUUUUAGGUUGCCAUGGGGAUUUGAAGGACUAUAUUCUGCUGUCCCCUGGGUGGCCCCACAAUCAGUCCAUCAAACCAAAAUGUAAUCUUGAAAAUAUUAGAGCAGUGAGCCUUUGCUUGAAGUGGACUGAAUUAGGUGCCGGUACUCUUUUUUUUAAUUUUUUAAUUUUAGUCAUUUAGCAGACGCUCUUAUCCAGAGCGACUUACAGUAGAGUGCAUACAUUUUAUUACAUAUUACAUUUUACAUACUGAGACAAGGAUAUCCCUACCGGCCAAACCCUCCCUAACCCGGACGACGCUAUGCCAAUUGUGCGUCGCCCCACGGUCGCCCCCCUCUUUAUUUAGGUGGUGGAACUGAACAAGUAGAACAUUUGAGGUGCUGGCACUCUGUAGCGGUGAGCAUCAGCCCAACUCAAACACUACUGAGCCAGAAACAGUCAAAGUAACACGUUCUAUGCAUAUGUUAAUAUGCAGAUCUGGCAAAGUGUAGGAGUAUUUCUGCAGGGCAGACUACUAUCUCUUUGCGUGAGUAGGUUGAGCGACAUAUUUUUAAGUUUGUAUUAAUGGUUAUGGGGGUGAUACUCUCUUGGAAGUAGUCCCAAGAUUCGGUUACGGACAACACAGGCUAACUGACAGCAAGAGCACACUUUGUAGAAAGGUCUAGACGUUAAAAUGUUGCCAACGGUUGUCACACAUCACAAUGUAUUAUUUUUCUCUUCUCUCCAAAUGAAUGCAGGCAGAACAUUCCAACCUCCUGUGAAAAGCACACAGACAGUGAGUGAGUGACAGGGUGGACACUUUAGUUCUUGUUUUAGGAUGGACGAGCAAUAUUACUAUUAAUCAUUUCUGAAGUGUAUUUUUUGGUUUUUGUUUUAUGCUAUAUUGAAAUGUUGGACUUAUUUAGUGCUGUCCAGUCCCUUGUCCUUUGCUUUGCACUCAGGCAGUCUAGAGAGGAGCAGAGUGUCUGAAAACGGACACAUCCGUCCUGGAAACGUGUUGAUUUUCAGUAUUGUUCUAGGCCUAUGGACACCAGGUAGAGGCAGCGAAUGUAAUGGUCUGGGAGAUAGCGUUGGACAGGUUAGAUUGGUGAAGACAAGGUACCUCAUCAGUCUGAAUGGAUAACAUUUAAGACUUGAAAGCUAUGCACCAACCUGGUGAGGUUGAGCCAUCGUUGUUUGGUUGUGGAGAAGGAGAACAAUGUGUUGUGCAGGUGACCAUAGGUUUGUAUCUGAGGAAUUAUAAGGGCAAUACAGUAUUUAGCAGAUCUUAUUCAGGAUUCACACUGACAUCAACAUUACAUUCCUUGAUUUGUUUGUAGUUUUAACAUUGAAGACAGCAGUUUGUGUUGUAUUCUAUGCUUUCGCUUGAAGAUGGAGAAGUUGUUAAAGGUCAGAAUGCUGAAUACCAAAGGUCAAGUUGCUGACAUCACAGUUCAUUAUAAACAGGUUCUAUGCUGUGUGUUCAGGUCUGUGGUUCUCUCCAUCUCUGGUGUAUUUGGUAGUCCUUGAAUUCUUUGCAGGAGUUAGAUGACGUAUUAUGUGUUCAGUAGCCCUCCAUCUGAGGUAUUAACAAAACGGGGAUUGUCUGGAUUAGUCCAAUAAGAAAUAUUAGAUUUCCGUGGUAAAACAUUUUGCCCUAAUGAACAUGACCCAGGUGUCAUUAUGGCUGUCCAGACCAGUCCAGAGCCUCAUUAGUCAUGUACGUGUUGGGUCUCAGGUUAAUUAAAUUAUAUACAUAAGAAACAUUGCAAGACGUGUCAUAUUCUAGUUCAAUGUAAAUGCAUUUUAGUAUUUGUUUUCAGGGGAUGGAACUGUUGCAGUAUUUAGAACAUUUUGAAGGAGUUCUGGAAUGACCAGACCUGGGUUGUGUUCAUUAGGCACAAGACUGAAACAGGGAGGGACUAACUGGACUUGUCCAAUUAAACUCUUCUGAAAAGUGUGCCCUAAUGAACACGACCCAUAAUCUCAGGUGUUGAGGUGUGAGUGUUGUUGGCAAUGGAAGCCUAGGGAUCUCAGUGAGUGCUUGACAGGCACACAUUGCGUGACUAUUUCUUGCCUUGUCUGCUGUAACAGAAAGCAAACAGUAACCUUAUUAUCGAACCCAUUAGUCUUGUACAGUAAGUACACUGCAAUCUAACUCAAGCUUUAUCAGUGACUGACGAUUUACUACAAAUGUCACUGGUCUCAUUUUGUGAAAGAAGAAAAUCACAGGAAUACAUUGUCUAGUAAAAUAAAUGAUUGCAUUUCCUGUA